GUCCGACCUGGGUGGGGUAGAAAUGAGGAAGUGAUGAGCUACACAAAAUGCGUAUGGCGAGGGGUCUUUCUGAGCUGGACCCAGCCUGCACACGUCAGCUAUAAAGCCGACCAGCUGAACCUACGGGCUGGAGAGGCCUGCGUCCCAGGCUACCAGGAGCCCAGCGACGGACUUCUCCGGGGCGCCCCCUGGAGGGCAUCGGGGCGAGCCCUGGGCCUCUGAUAGGGAUGACCAGGCAGAAAGCAGGGCACAGAAUAGGUCCUUAGAGCACACUGAGGCUAGUGGAGUGUAGAGGAGCAGACGGUGCUAGCCUCAGGGCCCAAAAGGCCCUUCCACAAGUCUGGUUUGCGGGAAUUCUUGGAUGGAGGGGUAACUCUGAGCAAGGGAUGAACUGGAAGAGUCCUAGCGGACUUCUGAGGUGCCGAGCACUGGUUUGUGGAUACCCAGGCAGAUCUGCAGUGCCUAAUGCCAUGAGCGUGGUGGUGCAGCAUGUGGAGGAAAAAGCUGUGCACUCCUGGUCGCGCAUCUCCACGGCAGGGAAGAAGGCCCUGGAAGAGGCGCUGCUUGUCUUUAACCCUAUGAGCCAGGAUCUCAGUGCCACAGAGGCCCAGCUUGUGGCCUUUCUGCAGGGCCUGCGAGAUGAUGGCUUCCAACCUACCAUCCUGCGCAGUGGUGACGUGUAUGGCUAUAGUUCAUGCACAGCCAACCCCCCAAGCCAAACAAAGCUGCAAGCUCGUGCUCCCAACCCAGCUACCACAUCACCUCCAGCCAGUGCUCCCCGAACUGCCAUGCGGCUGCCUGCAGGCCGGGCCACAUUACUCCCUAUGCCACUAUCUGGCAGACUGGCCAAAGCAUCCACACCAGCCCUUGCCAAACAUGCUACUACCAACCUGCUAUUGAGCUCCCUGAAGCAAUCAAGUGCCAACCGUGCCCGGGGUGCAACAGUGGGCUUCCCCACCCACCUCUAUCCAGGGGUCUACCCUGCCAUGCGACUGUCUGUUGUCCUUGAAGCCCUGGUUCCACUCAAGACUCCUAUGCCCUGUUUGGGUGCCAAGCACAAGGCACAGUCACUGAGGUUCUCACUUGCAGAAUCUCUGAAACUGCGGAAAGGUUCAGGGAAGGGAAAAGGUCCAGGGAAACCCCUGUCCAAGGCUCCCAGAAAAACCAUAAAGAAGGGCCCCAAGUGUCUGACUUGUAAAGGCCCUGGGCCUGGACCCCAACAAAGCACUGGGUACCAGAGCAAGACCUACAAAGUCACCGGGACACUCAGUGGCCUGCGAAUGAAGGGGGGCUCUUCCCUGGAUACCAAAACAGCCCCAGCCAAGGCAACUCAAAUAUUGGCCAAAGCUACUUGUACCAAGGCCAAGGAGGCUCAAACACAGGCUAAGACUGCCAAGGCCAAGGCUGCACGGGCCAAGGCCAGGGCCAGGGCUGCACGGGCCAAGGCCAGGGCCAAGGCUGCACGGGCCAAGGCCAGGGCCAAGGCUGCACGGGCCAGGGCCAGGGCCAGGGCUGCAAGGGCCAAGGCCAGGGCCAAGGCCGCACGGGUCAAGGCCAGGGCCAGGGCCGCACGGGCCAAGGCCAAGGCAUUGCAGGCCAGAGCCAAGGCCAAGGUGGCUUUGACUCAGUCCAGGGGCAGGGGCAGGCCAAAGAGCUCUGCUCAAGCCAGAACUGCAAGGAAGGGCCAGAACAGCCGCCCCGAGACUAUUGGGCAGAAGAGGAAAAGGGCUGAGGAGGCAAAAGAUCUUCCUCCCAAGAAGAAAACACGGCUUGGCCCCCGAUCUAAGGCACAGCUAGGGCCUGGAACAGCAAAGCUGCUAAAAUGUCAUGCCAUUAAGGUAGAUAAGCGCUCCUCGGAUGAUGAGGUGCGGCUGCGGGCUCAACGGAUCCUCCAGAUGAACCUGUCUCCUGUAAUACGGCUCCAGCCAUUGCUUCCAUAUUCAGCACCCUGAUUCCUUCACACAGCAGUGUUUGGGGAAACAGUCCAGCUAUCUGUGUGGCCAUUGGCACAGUGUGCUAUGCCCAAGGACUCCACAAGCUCGAGGACUCUGGGUACCUCUCCAGGGUCCUGACAGCCACCAGCCUCCUUUCAGAAACUGGAGGAUGUAGGGUGGGGUGGGCGGGUGGGAGGGGUGUUCUUAUGGCGCAAUGCACUGUGACUUGUUUUUCAAGUUGUAUGUCCACUGUUCCAUCUAUCACGUUUUAUACCUUUCCACCUUCCAGUCUCCCUGCCCACCCUCCAUGGUCUUUUUUGUGUGUGUGGCUGCCGGCAGGCCAGUUUGAGCAUAUAGGGAAAGUGGCCCCAAGAACAGGCCUGCAAGCUGUCUUGCAGAGAGGUUGUAGGAGGGGGCAGCUCCCAGGCCCCUUUGGAGAGAUGAGGGGAAACUCUGGUGCUGGCUUCUGUGGUUGUGUGAGAGGCAUACCCUUAGGGCAGAAGUAGAGCUACUGUAAGGUAAGACACCUCCCUUUGAGGCUAUCUUUGAGGAUUUGUUAUCCAGACAGUUCCCAUGCAGGAGAACAGUAGGCGGUGCCACUGGGAGCCUUGUAACCAACAGGUUUUUAGGCCAGGGAAGGGAGCCUUUGUGAUACUGACCUAGGAGCCAAACAGCCUGGCUGAAACCUUGGGGCUUUGCCUGGCCUUGUCUCCCAUGGGGCCAGACCUGAAGGGAUUGAGGCACCUCUUGCCCUCUGCUUUGGAAAGGAGUGACUAGCCUCAACGUGGUGGCAAAGGGCUAAGUGUUCAGUCAGACCACAGAGUCUGCAGUGGCUGACCAAAGUAUUUUCUCUUUGGUUGAGUGGAAUACUUGCAAUGGUGAAGCCGGAAGAGUUUACACAACUGCUGCCUCAGCAUGCUUUCUGCAUGGAUUUCAUGUGCUUUCUACUCUCAGAUCCAGCCAUACCGUGCUCCACUAUAUGGGCCUAUAUGUUUCAGACAUUGGGCCUUUUUUGCUUUGGAGAGGGGGCUGGGCCCUAGGCCCUUGAACGGGAACUUAAGUAUCUCACCUACCUGCAAUACAUUGCUGGCUGCCUAGGCUGACUGGCAGCCACUGGGGUGAGCAGAGAGGGGACACAAUCCCCAGAGGUUCAUAGACAACAGCCUUGCAGAACUGAGGAUGGGAGCAUCAUAAUUUAUUUAUUUAUUUUUAUUUUUAUUUUUUUUGAGACAGUCUCAUUAUGUCACCCUCAGUAGAGUGCUGUAUCACAGCUCACAGCAACCUCAAACUCUUGGGCUUAAGUGAUUCUCUUGCCUCAGCCUCCCAAG